AUGGACGCCGGCGCUCCCAGAUCCGCUUCCCGCCCACGGCCGGCAUCAAGACCAACCACACCGCUACGUCCCAGUUCCAGAUCGUCCAUUCGCAAUUCCCACGGUUUUGGUAGCAGUCUCAAUGCCGCUGGGUACGAGGAGCCUGCGAUUCAUGCGUUGGAGCCGCAGUUUGCAGAACUGGCGGACUCUAUGGCCGACCUCGAAGCCAAUUUCAUGCAUCUCCAAUUGAUGCAUGAGAGUUUAUCUCGAUUCAGUGAAAGCUUUGCUAGCUUCCUCUACGGGCUGAAUAUGAACGCGUUUUGUGUCGACUUUCCCGAGGUAGCUACAACAAUCCUUGAUACAGCAUUGGUGUAUGGCUUGCUAAGAGUUCUUAGGCUCCUAUUCCGGAAUCUUUCAAGCGGGCACAAGAAGCAAAAGAUCAUCAAGGUAGCACCACAUUACUCUCAGGCUUUCACCAAGGCUUCGUUCACUGACGUUUAUUAUGCGCUCUAG